UCUCUCUCUCUCUCUGUAAUUUUAUCUCAGAAUCGAUUUUCUGUUUUUCCAUUUAUUGGAUUUUCAAAUGUUCCUGAAUUUUCAGCAAUACGUUUGGGUUUUUAAACCUGGCUUUUCUAAAUUCUAGAUCUGAAACAAAUUUUUAACAAUACGUUUGGGUCCCAAAUUCAAUCGAAUGUGAAUAAAGAAAUUAUGCUUAUCUGUUUAUUUGGUGCCUGGAAGUGUUUACUUCUUAUGACACGAGGUUGCUCUGUCGAGCUGUUGAUGUGCAUUUGGUGCCUGGAAAUGUUUACUUCUUAAGACACAGGGUUGCUUUGCAUCGGCAUGGGCUGGGCCACUUAAGGUUAAUGGGGUUUCAUCAUUUUAUAUAAGGAUAUCUGAAAUGUGCAAUAUGUUUUCUUGUAGAAAUGGAUUACAGAAACUGGAGAAGAUUAAAGAGUCAAAUAGGCAGAGCCGGCAGGUGGAAGAACUUACAGGAAAGAUGCAGGAAUGCAAGAGGAUGGUGGAAAAUUGCAUUUUCACGCAUGAUACUAGUUUAUUAGAUAAACUAGAUGUGGAAAAUUUCAUCCCCUAGAUGAAAGAACUUUUCCAUACUUGUCAUUGGGUUAUUGUUUCUCAGGCUUAUCAAAGAGUUUGACCGCGAAGUUAAGGAAGAGGAGAGUAGAAAUACUCCAGACACCAACGAAAUGCUUAGUGAGAAAAAACAAUCAAUGGUGUUGUUCACUCCUUAAAGAUCUUUACUCUUUAUAAGCAAUUGCAACUUCUCGGUGUUUGUUUGAAACUCUAAUAAGCUUUUUGUCCAUAUUCAUUGUUAUGUAUUGAACUUGAGAAUAUUUCUUAUUUUUUGCAGAUUAAAGAAUUGAAUUCUUAUGCCGCUCUUAAAAAGCAGUGAGUUAUCAACAUUUCUUACAAAUUACUGAAGCUGGCUUUAUGUGGAACCCUUUCAUUUACAAAAGCAUCUAUUUGUUUAUUUCAAAACAUCACAUUUUUUAAGAACAUCCACUUGGCCUUUUGAUAUGUUUUCUUUACAUUUGUUUAUUCAGAAAAUGAAAAAUGCCCUUUUCCAUCUUCCUAUUCUAAAACCAGUUUGUGUUGUCAGAUAUCUGAGUCUCUAUUACUAAAUAAUUGCAAAGGGCUCUCGGACCCAUGUGAUUAUGGACGUUUUUUAGAAUAGGGAAGAUGGCAGCAUCCAAGUCCUAUUGCUGGAAGUAUACAGAAAUAUGAAUCAACUUAAAUUUCAGCUCACAUAGUGGAAGUCGGGAUGACUGAGUCUUUUAAUAAAUAUUAUGAGGCUUUGGCUUGCUGUUAAGAGUUCUCUAAUUAAGACUUAAGAGUCCUCUGGACAGUGCAUAGUAAUCAUAUUAUAAUACCGCAAUAGUGAAGCAGUUUCUGCAUAAUGGAGUCCACCAGUUGUUUCAUGUGGUCCUAUGGCUGCGCUACAAAAAAAUGCAUUUUGGGAGGACUAGGAAUGAGAAUUAGUUUGAGUUAAGAAACACUUUGUAAGAUGGCUCAUCUCGAGUGCAUCCUGUUUUUAAUUGUGUUUGGACUAAGCAUUGAGGCCCAUGAUUGGGCGCUAUGUUGUAUCUAUGAUUAGGUCCACAUAAUAGUCUGGGUCACCAUGUGCAAUAUUUACUACACUUUAUAUUGCUGCCUUGCUUGUUGUAUGAUAGGUAAUUUGCAAUAUGGAUGCAUACUUUUAAAGUACUGCGUUAUAUAAUACCCAUGUAUUAUAAUGCAUGCUGUAAAAUUUUCUUGUUACUAAGAAAUUGUCUCUGUUGCAGAUAUGUUGUCGACUGCUUUUAUCGAGCCACUUCUAGUCAUUGAUUUUGUAACUCAACUCUUGAACAAAGAUGUCUUAGCCAGACCAUUGUCUGAUGCUGAUCGAGUGAAGGUCUUGUUUUCUUUUGUUUCUUCUAUUUGGAUACUGACGGUUUUCUUUUUUCUUUUUAGAUAAUUAUUUUGGCAUAUUUCAAAGAACUCAAGUGGGUUUUUCUUUUCUUUUCCUUUUUUUCCUUUCUUUCUGGAAGACGACUCUGAAAUGGCAUUUGAUUGCUUUUGUUUCUUUGAAUUUGGUUCUCCAAUGCUAGAAAACGGUAACUUUCAUUUUGGGUUUUUAAAUUCCUGAGGCCUCAACUGCAGAAAUUCAAAAUUCAAAUCCAGUUUUUGGAUUUUUGGAUUCAAAAUUAUUUGGCAUUUAGAGAGCGAAAGUUUCUAUGGCCUAAACAUGGAUGACCUGACCUUUUGUUGUGAAGAUGUAGAAAGAAAUAAAAGAGUUAAUUCAACAGUGAGAUCUUGCUCAAUCUCAUCUCAAGGGCUCGUUUAUAUUUACUACUCUAAUUCCCUAUAACUUUCUUACUUUAUAUGCUUCACAUAGCUUCUUACCUGUUGGCAGGUUUUGAAAUGGCUGUAAUGAUUGCGCUUGAGUUUAAAGCAAUCUUAGACGUUGCAGCCACUGAGAAGAGAGAUUCUGAAGAUGGUAGCAGAUAUUUGUGCAGUUGAUGAUAUCAUAUGAUGAAUUGAUGGUUGUUUAGUACAUUAUAGCUGGUUCUGAGACCUGAUAGUCAUGUGAUUUUAGAGCACAUUAUGGUUACUUAUGCAAUAUGAUGGUUAUCAUUGUGAUGGUUUGAAUGUCCUUUGAAUGUCUUUUAUAUGAUGGUUAAAAUGUCUUAUAGAUGAUAGUUAGAGUUUGAGCAGGGUUUCAAAUUUGAGCAGGUUAGGAAUGUAAGCUGGGUUUGAAUGUUCCUUAAAUAUCUUUUAUACGAUAUUUCUCUGUCUAAUUAGUUGACACUUUCCCAUGUACCCAUAUGCUUAAGUGUAUAAGUGUAACUGUCAUACACAAGCAAAUCCAUGUUUCAUACUUUAUUUCCUUUAUUGCAAAUCUUGGUUGUGCCGUUAUUGUAUCUUAUAUGUGGUAACUUUGGAAAUGAAUGGUCAUAAAUGUCUAUGCAUGAUUAAAUUGUUGCAUUCUCCAAAAAAGCCACUUGAAUCGCCGAACACGGCAGGUAGGCAAAAGAGUCUGCUUCCUACCUAUGAAAUUCCUGAGAAGUUUGAGGAUCUGAUAAAGAAGGACAAUGUACCUGCAGUUCUGAGGAAGCCGUUAUCUCCAUCAACUUACAAGGACUAUUUUGCUACUUUGCUUUAUUCUGAGGACUACCACCUUGAGGUUCUGAUUUCAGUAUCGAAAACCAAUCCCAUUCUCCUCUACAUCAGGAAUGUUGAAGAGUUUCUAUUUAGAUCGCAAAGGAUAUACACUUUAUUCCGGAAAAUGCUGAGCAAACUAUCAGGACCAAUAUUGUUCCUUGGUUCAAGGAUGUUGGAUCCAGGUAAUGAUUAUAGAGAUGUGGAUGAGAGGCUCACUCUUCUAUUCCCUUACAACAUUGAGAUCAAGCCACCUGAAGAUGAGACCCACCUUCUCAACUGGAAAUCCCAACUGGAAGAAGACAUGAAAGUGAUCCAGUUUCGGGACAACAGAAACCACAUCAUGGAGGUCAAGUCAUAUAUAUGUGUAUUUAUGUGUUUGACACACAAAAGAAUCCAAGAGCUGACUCUCUUUUGCAUGCUGAGAUCAAUCCAAGGCCAUGACAGUGCCAAGAACAACCACCUAGUGACUUCUCUAUUGCUCAGUUCCGGUUUCUGGAGCGACUACUUGUCGUCCAUGGGCACUAGUGCUAUAAGAGGAUUACCCAAAUGGGGCCUAUUGUUACCACAAUCUGAGUUUUACUGACACCUCAUCCAAUGAAGGAACUUCGAGUAAAGUGGUAUGCCAGAGUGUAAGCUUGGACUGAAUGACAGAGUGCUUUUGGAGGCUCAAGGUUGAACAACAAAGGCAGGAUAAACCAGAAUGUGUCAGUACUUAAAUAUAGCUGUUAAACUCAAAUCAGGGUUCGAUGUCAUACGACACAAUUUAAUUGCAGUUGGGUGUUCUCAAGGGACCAGGCUUCAUAUUGCCAAAUCCCAGUAAAAAGUAGCCCAAGCUUUGAAGACUACAGAGUUGUACCAUUCUAUUUCCGAAAGUAGAAAAAAAAGUUGUCUACCAAACAGGGUGGAUUAUAUCUGAUGGAAAUUGAUCGGGUUCUGCGGCCU